AUGGAUAUGAAAGAACAACAACAAACUAGUGAAAAUCCAGAGAUUGUAGUGGAUCCGGCUCUUCAACCUGAUCACAAAUCAUCUCCAGCACCUUUCCCAGCUAUCAUGAGCCCAGGUCCUAACCAAUUUGUUAUUGGUACAACUAAUACUCCUCCCCCAGCUUCCUCAGGUAUGGAAGAACAUGAAGAGCCACUUUAUGUGAAUGCCAAACAGUAUCAUAGAAUUUUGAAACGAAGAGCGGCCAGAGCAAAAUUGGAAGCCGAAAAUAAAAUACAGAGAGGAAGAAAGAAGUAUCUUCACGAAUCACGACACAAACACGCCAUGCGUCGUCCUCGUGGGCCAGGUGGUCGUUUCCUUACGGCAACUGAAAUUGCUGAAAUGGAACGACAGAAAAAAGAGGGCGAAGAGUCUUCACAAUCACAAGAUAUGCAAAUCCAGACCCAAUCAAAUGGAUCUAGUUCAGACUCUCGGAAUCACAUGCUAUCAGAGAAUGGGGUUAAACAAGAAAUUCGCAAAUGA